UUCGAUCUCUAUUCCUCGUCUUCUUCCAAAAUUGAUCUUGUUUUCAAUUUCUUCUCGUUUCCAUCUUUCGAUUGAUUAUAUUUUCGUUGUUUUUUCGUUUAUUAUAUUCGAUUCUAGGGUUAGGGUUGCAGAAAUUUCCGAUCCGCGAAAACAAUUGCAGAUCCGAGAAAUUCCUUUUGUUCAAUCAGAGAUUCAUGGUUAGGGCUUUUCGUUAUCGUUGCGAAUUCUUCCCGAUUUUGUAAAUUAUUUUGAUUCUUUUUGGGUAGUUUUUAUUAUUCGAGAAAUUGGGGCUUUUGCCUUUUUGGAUUAAAUUUGCUGGGGGGGAAGUCGUUAUUUUCUUGAGAAUUCGAGUUUUUUUCAUCUAUUCAUUUGUCAAUUCUAGCCAUCAAUUUCCCAGCCAGCGAUUUGCAGAUUAUUCUUUUUGGGUAGUUUUUAUUAUUCGAGAAAUUGGGGCUUUUGCCUUUUUGGAUUAAAUUUGCUGGGGGGGAAGUCGUUAUUUUCUUGAGAAUUCGAGUUUUUUUCAUCUAUUCAUUUGUCAAUUCUAGCCAUCAAUUUCCCAGCCAGCGAUUUGCAGAUUAUUUCUGGGAGACUUUUUUGAGCUUUAAUAAGGAUGGUACAGAAACGACCUUAUGAUGAGGAGGAAAUUUUGAAGAUUUCCUUCAAGCACCCAAGACAAGUGGAAGUGGAACACAACAAACAGCUCAUCUCAUUUUCAGACUCUGUUUUUCCUGAAGAUGCUUUUGAGAAGCCAAAAACCUUAGAGAAAGGAUUGACAAACGCGGGUACUGAAGUUGAUAAGAAGCUUUCUGGUGACAAUCUUACUGAUCCUCCAAAAGGUGGUGAGGACAUUGAUUCUAGUGCACCUGGCUCCUUUUCCUUCUCAUCAUGGCCCACCAGCAGUACCGGUGAAGAGGAUUCUCUGUCAGAGCCGCCCUUUCUCAUGUCAGUUUUUCCAGAAUAUUAUAGCCUCGAGCAUCCAGUAAGGACAUUAGCCCACUGCGAGGACAUUUACUCACUACUUCUGAAUCACCCUCCUCACAAGACCAUUCCAAUUGGACCAAAUCAUCAGGCUGAUGUUCCAUCAUGGGAUCAACAAUGUGCCCGUAACAUCUCAAGUCUUUCAUGUCCAUCCGAGGAAGUUUCAAAAUCUGAAGUUGAGGAGGAAAAAAGGCUGAUGGGUACAUGCAUCUUACCAUUGCCUGAUUUGGAUUCUCCAGCAUACCCUGAUCUGAAAGUUGGAAAAGGUAGAACUGAUUGCGAUUGUGAAGAAAAGGGUUCUUUUGGCUGUGUUGGAAAACACAUCGUCAAAGCUAGAGAGGAACUUCUAAAAACUUUUGGGGCAGAGAAAUUUAUGGAGCUAGGAUUUGGUGACAUGGGAGAACAAGUAGCACAGAGUUGGAGCGUAGAGGAGGAACAAACAUUCCAUCAGAUAGUCUUCUGUCACCCGGCUUCAUUGGGCUGGAAUUUCUGGGACAAGCUUUCUGCCGCCUUCCUGUCCCGGACCAAAAAAGAGAUUGUUAGCUACUACUUCAACGUCUUCAUGCUUCGAAAGAGGGCUGAGCAGAAUAGACAUAACCCCACAAAUAUUGACAGUGAUAAUGACGAAUGGGAAGGGGGUGAUGAUGACUCAGUUAUUGACUCUCCUGUCAGUGAAGAUGAUACUGGCAAUAUGCAGAGCCGGGGCGCUAAUUUGCUAGAGUGCAAUGAGGAUGUUGCUGUCACUGAUGACAUAUGUGAUGAUAAUGUCAAUUUAGAUUUGAAUGCCCCGAAAAGCCCUGAAAUUUCAGAAAUGCGCCCCGAAAAUCUCAGCAAUUAUGGUUCAAGCCCCAAAUUUCUGCCUCAGGAUACAACAGCUGACGAUGAAAAAGGGGAUCAAGAGGUCCAAGAUGAUUCUUGUACAUCUUCUGAGACAGGAAUUGCUGCGUUAAGGAACCAGAUGGAGUCUGAAAAUGGCAUCUAUUGCCCGAGUAGCUUCAUCGGGUUAAGCAAUCACGUGAAGUCUGAAAACGGUAACCAUUGCCUGUGUAGACUUAGCAGCAGUUUAAGCGGAGGAGGCGACAUUGGAUACGUCUUGGAGCAUUGUGAGGCUAAAGAUUGUGAUGUGGGAUACAUGACUUGCUCCAAAGACAAGGUUGACUUCUUGCCAACUUGCAAUAUGAUUGAAGAGGUUUUCGGCCAAGAGAUCCGGAAUCACUGGGUCUGAGAUGGGAAGAAUUUAAGCUAGUGUUGCUAUGGUGGUCUUUGCGGGAUUCGAGUUGAUUUUUGAGAGCCGCAUUCAGGCUUUUUAAGUCCUCUCCCCACCAGAAAGCUUUCUCUUGGAAAAUCUGAGAGAGUUCAGUUUUCCUUCUGUACAUUGAAUAAAACAGAGAGAUGGAAGCCUUGCCUUCAGUGGAAGACUAGUGUAGUAUGAGCCCAUUAUUUCGUUCCCAUUUAUAUAUGUUUUUUAGCUAUUUUAGGAUUGGUCACCUAAAAAAAAAAUCUAUUUUGGGAUUGGACAAUUGAAUCCCAUCUUAUUAAAAAAUACAAUGAGGGGUUUUUAUUUUUAUUUUUAUUUUUAUUUUUAUUUAUUUUUAUUUUUUUAAGGGUUUCCCUCUUGGGGGAGCUGGGAUGGGUGAUAAAAGAUGCAGAUUGAAAGAGAUGGGACUCUGCCAUGUAAUUUUUUAAUCUAUUUUUGUUAGUGAUAAUGAAAGGGAGAGAGAAUCAUCUCAUAUAUAUUUCAUG